AUUCACGAACUCCACGAAUUUUUUUUGGCGGGAGUAACGCAUGAAACGCAUUGAUUGGUCAAUAAUUCUCUUUCGUAGAAACCAAGAUGGCGUCGGACGACGAGGAUGUGCCAGAUUCUGGCGCGGUGUUUACGUUUGGCAAAAGCCGUUUCUUGGACAACAAAUUUUGGAUUCGCGAUGAUGCAGUAGUCCACCUCGCUUGUGGAGACGAGCAUUCCGCCGUAGUUACAGAAAAUGGAAAACUCUACACGUUUGGAAGUAAUGAUUGGGGACAGCUGGGUCAUGGCAGCACAGUGCAGUUUCCGAAUCCAAAGCUUGUCAAACGCUUGAAACCAGAAAAAGUUAGGCUUGUUGCUGCUGGAAGGAAUCACACAAUUGUAUCGACUGAAUCUGGAAAACUUUACAGUUUUGGUUGUGGUAGUGAUGGACAACUUGGUCAUGGGAACUGUGAGAGUUCUCUAGUUCCUAAAGCCAUUGAGUCUUUACCUGACCAGCAGUAUGCAUUGCUUUCCUGUGGGUCAGAUUUUACUGCAGCUGUUACUGAAGAAGGGCAACUGUACACUUGGGGGUCUAACAGUGAAGGACAAAUAGGGCACCGUGAUGAGAUUGAUGAUGACAGUUGUUUAAUACCCAGAAAAGUGAAGCUAAGAGGAAAAGUGGUGUCAGUGGCCUGUGGCUAUUAUCACAUGGCUGUUGUGACAGAUGAUGGUUCUUUGUUCACUUGUGGGGAAAAUGAAAGUGGUAAGCUUGGACUGGAUGAGUCACAAACCGGCGAUACAUCAAAAGUACAAAAACUUUUUAGUAUAAAUGAAGAGGUUGUCUCUGUGGCAUGUGGUGGAAACCACACUGUUGCAGUCACAAAAAGUGGAAAAUUAUAUUCCUUUGGACAAGGAGACCAUGGUCAACUUGGUCAUGGAUCUUCACUGUUAGAAUGCAGUACUCCUAAACAAGUGACUUCUCUUAGAAAUAUAUAUGUACGAUUUGUUUCCUGUGGUGAAUCGCAUACGGCAAUCGUCACUAAACACGGAAACCUCUACACUUGUGGAGAUGGACGACAUGGAAAACUUGGCAUGGGGGAGGAAUCAUUCUCCAAUCAGUUCAAACUUGAAAAAGUAACUAGAUUUGAUAAAUUUACGGUUAAAACUGUGGCGUGUGGAGGAUGUCAUACUCUUGUUGCGGCAGUGAAAACAACUGAAAACAGUGAUGGUACAGACAGUGAGGCAGAGGCUGAGAAGGACAUUCUUGCAUCUUCAGUUUCUCUAACCAAAAGUCUUCAAGAUGUUGUGGAUGGACCGUCACUGGCUGCCACUUUCCCUGCAGGAGGUACAGCGAGAAAUAAGCGUCGGCAGAAGAACUUAGAGAGCCUUGGUAACUCAAUGGGAGGCUCUUUGCCUCCAAUUAACAAGUCCGCGCUACCUCCUCUCUCUCGGACGUUACCAGCUUUAAAGAAGGAGGUUUCUAAAGAUGAAAAAAUGCCUGUCAACCCUCUUGAUAUGUCAAUGUUACCUCAAAUAUCAAACGAAGUAAAAAAGAAGAGAAAAGAUGAAGACAAAAUUCAAGGGAUAUCUGGAAACAAGGAGUCAAAGGCGAGUAAAGCAGCUAAAAAGACAAGGGACGCAGAAAGCUCGUCUGGUAUUUCUGGAAGCGAAGAUGAAGAUGAACAACAAAAUAAGAAAAAGGCUAACAAAACUACGAGUCAUAAGCAGGAAAAGAAAGGGGACGAUAAAAAGAAAUCUGAGGACCUAGAGGAAGAAGAGAGCGACAGCGAGGAGGAAGACUCCUCCGACAGAAAGAAAGCGACAGAAACAAAGACGCAAGUAGAAACGGCUGCUAACGAUGACAAAAAAGAGAAAGUACCUUCUUCCAAGGAAGAUGAUGAAGACGAGGAAUCAGAUGAAGAAGACGAAGAGAGUGACGAAGAAGGCGAGGAGAGGACAGAUGAGGCUAAAAAGCCCGAUAAGAGUGAACAACUUAAAGUUGUUGGAAAGAAAGUUGAAGUUGGAAUAGUUGAAAAGAAGAAGGAAGACGAUGAAGAAGAAGAAGAGGAGGAGGAAGAAGAAGACGAAGAAGAAGACGAAAGCGAUGAAGAAGAGGAUGACGAUGAAGAUGACGAUGAUGAUGAGAAGGACGACGAGCAAGAGGGACCGAGUAAAAAUAAGAAACACGAGAAAGAGUCUGACCAGAAAGUAGACUCUAAAGAGAAAAAGAAGAAGGCCGAUUAUAAGAAAAAAACAGAGACUGACGAGGAAAGGGAAGAAGAGGAUGAUGAAGAAGAAGAUGAGGAUGAUGAAGAAGAAGAUGAGGAUGAUGAAGAAGAAGAUGAGGAUGAUGAGGAAGGAGGAGGUGAGGAAGAAACGGAGCAGGAUGAAGAUAAAGUUACUAAGAAAGAUAAAACAGUAAAGGAAAAAACGGAUGACAAGAAGAAAAAAAAAGGUAAAGAAGGAAAGAAAGGAGGUGAAGAUGACGCUGAUAAAAAGAAACCCGAAGAUAAGAAAGACAAGAAAAAAAAGGAGAAAAAAGCAAAGGGUAAAGAUAAAGAUGACGAAGGUGAAGAUGAAGACCAGGAUGAAGAAAAUGAAAAUGAAGAAGACGAAGAAGAAGGCAAGGAUGAAAAGGAUAUAGAUGAGAAAAAUGCUAAAGAUAAGAAGCACAAGAAAGAAAAUGGAGCCAACAAAGCCGAGGCAGGAAAGAAGGAGAAAAAGUCUGGCAUUUGUAUUCUUUUGUGAAGGAAGAAGGAAAAAGACUAAUUUAUUAACUCUCCAAUUUGUAAUCUAGCUUUCUUGGUAUUCGCAUUUACCAAACCAUUUCCAUGGUAAACCUUUUGUCCUGGAUUAAAAUGCUUUUAACGUCGUGACACACGCGACAAGUUCUAAAUUAUGAAAUUAAAAAGAAAAGCCCUCGGUUUUGAAUGGUCCUUUAAGUAAAUGUGCAAUUUCUCAAAUUAGGGAUCUACGAGUGCAUAUUAUUGAGACGCUAUAUUAUUUUUAGAUGUUUUUAUUAGGUGAUUCAUGAGAGGCGAGGUAAAAGCUGUCGUUUUUAGUCUUGUUUUAAAGCAUAUUAGGACUAUUAAAUGUUUGCAAUUGCUUCGCAAGCUUUCUCUUAUUGCCAGUAAGUGUUCUGAAAUUGUCUCUAAUGCCGAUUAUGUUAUGCGACCAAACGAUGUCAAAGUGAAGAAGACUCCUUAAUUGUAAAAAGUACUUGAUACUUUUUUCUUUCUUUUUUCUUUACUUUCUUUUUUUUUUUUUUUUCGGAUCUCGACUUUAGUUAGAGUAAUGAAAUGAA